CUAUUUUCUGAUCAGGAUGGGACAGCUGUUGCUAAUGGUCAAACACAGGGACCUCACCUUCCUGAUUAAGCUGUACAGGCGGACUCCCAUCUUCAGACCGCUCCACCUUCCAGGAAGGAAUCCGACCCAGAUCGAUGAUCAUAUAAGCCAAGAUACGGUUGAUUUCCCCGCCUGCGAUAAAACAUUUUCCAGCCGCACAUCUCAAAAUACUUUGUUGGGUGGAUUUGAGCGUUUAGAUGUGUUAAGGGAGGACGACCUCGAUAAAGAAAGCACCCAACAGCAGGGCAACUUUGAGUUGGCUCUAAUGGCGGGAGUGCAGUUGGAAGUGGACUCAGAGAAAGACGGCAAGUUCGACGACCACGAAGAUUGGCUGGGUUGCAAUGGAUACGUUCAGUACGAGGUGUAAGGUGCGGGGUAUAUGAGAUUGCAGAAGCAAGUUAAGGAGGAUCGGGGGCAGGUAAACGCUGUUGGGACUAGAGAUGCCAACACCACUUUCAUGGGCCUUCGGCUCAAUUCUGGGCUUAGAGUCUCCUUCGCCAAACGAGGCAACGGCGCCGUCUAAGCGUGAAGAGUGGCAACGCCGCACGGCACAACCAACAAUAGACAAAAGACACUCUCGUUUGGCGCCAAUACGAACGACAACAAUGUAAAACACUAGAG